CACUCACGGACUCACCACUCACCACUCACCAGAACAGUUUCCGCAUUUACCCUGUUGACACCAUGAUGCAUAUUUCAUUUCAGGCAGAACUUUUCCUUUUUCUUGAUCAUUGACACAGGAAAUAUUUCCACGUUCAAUCCAGGACUCGGUCAACUUUCACUCUUUAUUGCGAUUGUCGCUGCUGGUGAGGUCUUGAACAUUGCGGGGCUCACCAUCAAAGGGCUUCUUCCUAGCAUUACACCAUAAAGAUCAGUUGGUCCUGAUAUCUCCAUUCACCGUUUUGCCAUGACAGGAGAUUGAUGUCGAUGAACCAUAUUUACACAGGCCUCCUAUUCUCUUUACGUGAAUUCGUUUUCCUUUCUUAGGGCACUCCUCCAUUCGAUUGGACGAGGGCUCGUCCUUGAUACAUACCAUUUGUUCCAACUUCUUGAACCAACGUGACCAUGUCGGCGAUCGGCGACGAGAAGAAGAUACCACCAACAUCGGAGGUGGACGACCAGACCACAGCUCCUAACUCUACUGCCGAUGUUGAAAAGGUUCUAGCAUCACAAGCACCCGCCCCAGUUGUCCAGGAUGGGGAGGCUCUAGCACUCUCGAAGCUGGAUUCUAAAGUGGAGGUCCCUAAAGAUGAGAACGAUCCCUUCAAACAUCUCCCGGACCACGAACGUGCGAUCUUGAAGAGGCAACUGGACACGCCGGACGUCCAGGUCGGAUAUACGGCGUUGUACCGCUACGCGACUCGCAAUGACUUGAUCAUCCUUGUAGUCAGCGCCAUCAUGGCGAUUGGUGCAGGUGCUGCCUUGCCAUUGAUGACAAUCAUAUUCGGACAACUCGCUGGGCAAUUUCAAGACUUCUUCAACGGGAACGCAAGCCUGAGUGCGUUCAAAGGCCAGCUCGGGGGCAUGAUUCUUUACUUCGUCUAUCUCGCCAUAGGUGAAUUCGUGGCGACCUACAUCGCGACAGCUGGUUUCAUCUACGUGGGCGAGCAUAUCGCACAGAAGGUGCGCGAACACUACCUGGCGGCCAUGCUGCGCCAGAACAUCGCCUUCUUCGAUAUGCUCGGCGCUGGAGAGAUCACCACCCGUAUAACCGCGGACACGAACUUGGUUCAGGAUGGAAUCUCCGAGAAAGUCGGCUUGACUUUGACUGCAAUUGCGACCUUCCUGACCGCGUUCGUCAUUGGCUUCGUCAAAUACUGGAAGCUUACCUUGAUCAUGAGCUCCGUGGUGUUUGCGAUUGUCGCUGUUAUGGGGGCAGGAUCGACGUUCAUUGUUAAAUGGAGCACGAAAGCGCAAGAAUCCUACGCGAAAGGGGGCUCCGUUGCGGAGGAAGUCCUCAGCUCCAUCCGAAACGCGACGGCAUUCAAUACCCAGGAUAAACUCGCGAAGCAGUACGAUAUACAUCUACAGGAGGCAGAGAAAUGGGGGAAGAAGAUGCAGAGUGUUCUGGGAAUCAUGGUCGCGGGCAUGAUGACGCUCGUCUACCUCAGCUAUGGUUUGGCGUUCUGGGAAGGCUCCCGUUUGCUUGUCGCUGGAGAGACGAACCUCGCGGAUCUCCUGACCAUCCUCUUCGCGGUCAUCAUUGGCGCUUUCGCGAUCGGGAACGUCGCUCCGAAUGCGAAGGCAUUUACCACCGGGGUGGCGGCUGCCCAGAAAAUCUACAGUGCCAUUGACCGAGUUUCUCCGAUUGACCCCACGAGGGACGAGGGCAAGAAACUUGAUACCUUCGAAGGAACCGUGGAGCUGCGGAACAUCAAGCAUAUCUACCCUUCCAGGCCCGAAGUGGUGGUGAUGGACGGCAUCAACUUGAUGGUUCCGGCCGGAAAGACGACUGCACUCGUCGGCGCAUCAGGAUCUGGGAAGAGUACAGUCGUCGGACUCGUAGAGCGCUUCUAUGACCCGGUUGGAGGCGAAGUGCUUCUCGAUGGGCACAACGUCCAAGAUCUGAGUCUGAAAUGGCUUCGACAACACGUUUCUCUGGUCCAGCAAGAACCCAUUCUCUUCGCUACAACGAUCCAAGGAAACAUCCGGCAUGGUCUGCUCGGCACUCCGCAUGAGCAUCUCAGCGAGGAAGAAACCACGAAGCUGGUUGAGGCGGCGGCGAGACAGGCGAAUGCGCACGACUUCAUCACAAACUUGCCUGAAGGCUAUCAGACGCAUGUCGGAGAGCGAGGGUUCCUCCUCUCGGGUGGUCAGAAGCAACGUAUUGCAAUUGCUCGGGCCAUGGUUAGCGACCCAAAGAUCUUGCUUCUCGAUGAAGCAACCUCGGCUCUCGACACCAAAAGCGAAGGUGUUGUACAAGCGGCAUUGGAUACGGCGGCGAAGGGCCGAACAACGAUCGUUAUCGCGCAUCGUUUGUCUACCAUCAAGACAGCAGACAAUAUUGUGGUCAUGCAAGAAGGCAGGAUCGUUGAACAAGGAACACAUGACGAUCUUUUGGAGACAAAGGGAGCAUACUAUAACCUCGUCGAGGCCCAGAGGCUCGCAGCUGAUACCGAUGCCGCCGCCGCAACCGAAUCCGAGGACGCGUCGAUCCUCGACCAAUACAAUGGCGAGAAGCUCGGCAUGAGGACCAGCGGAUCCGACGAGAACGGCCAGGGGUUCGAAGCCGAUCCGGAUGACGACGAUCCAGCGCGGUUGAGACGCAUCGAUACCGGCAAGAGCAAAGCGAGUGUCGAGUUGGCGAAGAAGAAACCGGAGGAAGAGCAGCGCUACGGCUUGUGGGUUCUCAUCAAGACUACGGCUUCGUUCAACGCCCCCGAAUGGCAUGUGAUGGUGGCCGGUGUGAUUUUCUCCAUUAUUAGCGGAUGCGGGAAUCCCACCCAAGCCGUCUUCUUCGCGAAGAACAUCGCCGCGCUGUCUCUACCUCCUCCACAGUAUGGCGAGCUGCGCAGCGAAGUGAACUUCUGGUCCCUAAUGUAUCUGAUGCUUGCCUUCGUUCAGCUGAUCGGCUUCGUCGGCUCCGGUCUCACGUUCGCAUACUGCUCCGAAAAACUGACGCACCGCGCCCGCGACCGGGCGUUCCGGAACAUGCUCCGCCAGGACAUCGCCUUCUUCGACAAGGAUGAGAACACCGCGGGCGCGCUGACGAGCUUCCUCAGUACCGAAACCACGCACCUCGCAGGCCUUUCGGGCUCAACGCUAGGGACAAUCCUCCUCGUUAGCACCACGCUAAUCGCCGCAACCACCCUCGCCAUCGCCCUCGCCUGGAAGCUCGGUCUCGUCUGCACUGCCACGAUCCCCGUCCUCCUCUUCUGCGGCUUCCUCCGCUUCUGGAUGCUCGCGCGGUUCCAAGCACGCGCCAAGAAGGCAUACGAGGCGUCCGCCGGGUACGCAUGCGAGGCGACCUCCGCAAUCCGAACCGUCGCGUCCCUGACCCGGGAGGCGGACGUCUGGGAGAACUACCACCAACAGCUCGUGGACCAGGGGCAGAAGAGCCUGAAUAGCGUGCUGAAGAGCAGCUCGCUCUACGCGGCGUCGCAGAGCCUGAGCUUCCUGUGCUUCGCGCUGGGAUUCUGGUACGGCGGGCAGCUGAUCGCGACGGGAGAGUAUUCCAUGUUCCAAUUCUUCGUGGCGUUCACCGCGGUCAUCUUCGGCGCGCAGUCGGCCGGGACUAUCUUCUCGUUCGCGCCGGAUAUGGGCAAGGCGAAGCAGGCGGCGACGGAGAUGAAGCGACUCUUCGACCGAACGCCGGCAAUCGACUCGUGGUCCACCGAUGGGGAGCAGUUGAAGAAUAUCGACGGCUCCAUCGAGUUCCGAGAUGUCCAUUUCCGAUAUCCCACGCGACCCGAAACCCCCGUCCUUCGCGGGUUGAACCUGACCGUCCAGCCCGGCCAAUACGUCGCCUUAGUAGGCGCGUCCGGGUGCGGCAAGUCGACGACCAUUGCGCUGCUCGAGCGAUUCUACGACCCGUUGGUCGGCGGGAUUUACGUGGACGGCAAGGAGAUCUCGAGCAUGAAUAUCAACAACUACCGGAAUUUCCUCGCGCUCGUCAGCCAGGAGCCGACGCUGUACCAAGGCACGAUCCGGGAGAACAUCCUCCUGGGCGCCGACAACCCCGAUGUCACCGAGGACGAAAUCGUCAAGGCAUGCCAAGACGCGAACAUCUACGAAUUCGUCAUGAGUUUACCUGACGGCUUCAACACGGUCUGCGGCAGCAAAGGCACCUUGCUCUCCGGCGGCCAGAAACAGCGCAUCGCCAUCGCUCGCGCGCUGAUCCGCAACCCCCGCAUCCUCCUCCUCGACGAAGCCACCAGUGCGCUGGACUCCGAGUCGGAGAAAGUCGUGCAGGCGGCAUUGGACGCGGCGGCGAAGGGGCGGACGACAAUCGCAGUGGCGCAUCGGCUGAGCACAAUCCAGAAGGCGGAUGUGAUCUAUGUGAUCGACCAGGGGAGGGUGGUGGAGCAGGGGACGCAUUCGGAGCUGUUGGCGAAGAAGGGGAGGUAUGCGGAGUUGGUGACGUUGCAGGGGUUGGGGAAGACGCAUUAGACGGGAGAUGAGGAGCGAGCGAUUGUUUGGGUUUGUAUAUGGGACUAUGUUGAAUAUGGUACCUGUCAAGCGAUUAGGCGUUCGGGUCAGAUGGAAUCUGUCAUAUGUUACAGUAGAGUAAUAGAACUUUGUCUGGAAUACGGACGAGGAUGGAUGGGAAAUCUCCAUUCGAUUUCGAAGGAUUUCGUAGGAUUUUGUUAGUAUACCUACCACUCAGCCAACAGUUAGAUCGUAGUUCAAUAGCAAUCACAGCUAUUCUUCCAAAAU